CCGGUCAGAGUAAUAAAAAAUCUAUACAAUAAAGUUGUUUUGAGGUAUUGAAUUUGUAUUGAAGUGAACCCUAAAACAUUUUUCAAUAAUUCACUAAUUAUAUUGAAUCAGUAAUUCAAACGAUUGUUCUACCACAUUUCGAGAUGAGCGACGAAAAUAUAUUCCUAUUUGUGCCAAAUAUCAUAGGAUAUGCCAGAAUAAUAUUAGCCAUCAUAUCAUUUUACUUUAUGCCCUCGAAUUACAUUGUCGCCUGUACAUGUUAUGUGACUUCUGCUCUUCUUGAUGCAGUUGAUGGGCAUGCUGCCAGAUAUUUCAAUCAAAGUAGUAGGUUUGGUGGUAUGUUGGAUCAACUUACUGAUAGAUGUGGUACAAUGGGCUUGGUGGCAGUUUUGGGGCAUUUUUAUCCAAAGUAUAUCUUCUUAUUCAUCUUGUCCAUGUGUAUUGAUGUUGCCUGUCACUGGAUUUUUCUUCACACGUCUAUACUUCAAGGAAAAACAAACCACAAGUUUGUUGACAUGUCUGAUAAUCCAAUUAUGAGUAUUUAUUAUUCCAAUAAAAUGGUUCUGUUUAUAAUGUGUUGUGGAAAUGAGGCCUUUUAUGCUUCUUUAUACUUGCUCUAUUUUACAGAAGGACCUUUGAGUAAGUCAACAAUUUCUAAGUAUUUUAGAAAUAUAUAUACUCUGUAUCUAGGAUAACGGGGGCCAGCACAG